CUAACCUAUUUUUAAACUAAUAAAACAAAAAGCGGAUCAUUCUGGAUGUCUUGAAUCAUAGAGCAUAUGCGUAUUUGCAUAAAAUUUGCACGUAGAGAUUUAUGUCAGUUAAAACCGACAGAUGGAGAUACCAGCGGCGCGAAGCCCGCUGUCGGUAGAGGGGUGAGGAGAGAACGAAUGUUCACGCUUUUGAUGCAAUGUCGUGUUAGUAAGUGUGAGCUGCUGUUAUAUUUGCUUAUCCCUAUCGACUGCGAUUUCCAUUUGAAGGGAUUAUUACGUUGAACGUGCUGAAAAAUUGUACAGGAUCCUUUGAAUACGUCUGAAUAUCUACGUUUAUGUACAGCUUUAAUACAUGCAUAUAGUCAGCUAAAUGUAUGCAAUCAAUCAAAAUGACAUCGGUAGAGGUACAGAAGACUAUUGUGAAUUCCUCACAAUUAGAAAGUUCAGUUGUAUCUGAAUCACAAGAGAUAGUAGAGUCUGUAAUCAAUAAAGAAGAACAAGAGUCCAUUGAGAAUGUUAACAAGAAAAAAAGUAAAACUACUAUUAAGGAUAACAGUAACAGUGCAAUGCAAGGUGGAAAUGAGCAAAAUAAAAAUAAAAGUGAAGAUGUGAUUAUAUUGGAUUAUGAUGAAGUUACAUGUAAUAUAAAUAAAACAGAAUGUGAAAAGAAUACAGGGAAGUUAGAGAUAAUAUCUUCUGCUUCUGAAAGUGAUCCUAAGAUGAUUAGAAAUGAGAAGAAAAAAGAAAGUCCACCUAAAAGUGAAAAUGCCUUAAGACGAACAAGACGAAGUUUGGUCGUACAAGAAGGAGAUUUAUCUUCAGAAGACAAUAGUCCGAGAAGUAAGCGCAAGAAAAAAAAUACGAUCGAUAGAUUCUGUUGGCGUUGUCACAAGGAGUCUGUAGAAGCGCAUUGUAGCGCUUGUCCUAGAUCAUGGCAUCGCAAAUGCAUAGGAAUGCAACAAUCGACUAUUCACAAUUGGAUAUGCGGAGAAUGCGCAGCCAUUUUGCGUGCAGAUAAUGCAGAAACGCGUUCUACGGCUAUGUCGCAAUUAUCUAUCGAUCAGUUAUGUUUAUUGUUGAAGCAUGUGGUCUCGAGAAUGAAGGAGCAGUCUGGUUCAGAGCCAUUUUGGAAACCAGUAGAGCUUUCUGAUGCUCCGAACUACCUAGAUUAUGUAGUGAAACCAAUGGAUUUAAGCCUCUUGGAAUCGAACGUUAAGGCUAAAUUAUAUGGUAGCACAGAUGCAUUUAUGGCUGAUGCUAAAUGGAUACAACACAACUGUAUUGUGUUUAAUACAUGCGGCGGGGUUUAUACGGAUACAUCAAGAUUGACAAAUGCUGCCAAACAGAUCAUUAAAUUUGCACGUCAGGAGGUAUCGGAGAUCGAAGCGUGUCCUGAUUGUUACGCUCACAGUAGAAACUUACCAAGGCCACAACCAUCGUGGUUUAUCGAACCAUGUCGUCGUCCACAUCCACUCGUGUGGGCUAAAUUGAAAGGAUUUCCGUUCUGGCCUGCAAAAGCUAUGCCUCGUGUAAAUACUCAAGGUUUUGUGGACGUACGGUUUUUCGGUGAACAUGACCGAGCAUGGGUUCCGCCACGAGAUUUGUAUUUAUACUCCGAAGAACCGCCUGUUCCGUUACCACGAAAGAGAAAGUUAGAUAUGGAAGAAUGCGUUCAAGAAAUUACUCGACAUUGUCGAAAGCUCGAGCUCGUGUUCGGACAAUUUAAAUUUGCGCCUCCUAGAGUGCAAUACAAUCCACAUGAUCCGACGCAAAUAAAAUUAAUGUUACCGAAUUACGAUCUCGAUCAGCCCAUUAACUGCACAUCCCCAGAGAUUAUUAGUUGGAAGUACAAUACGGUUCUGAAGAAGCGUCCUCAUGUUAAAACAAGGACACAAAGUGAUUCAGAGAAAGCGGAUAAUUCUGAUAUUGAAAAUAAAGUAUCAGACGAAACUAACUUGGGUAAGGAACAAAACAAAGCUGAAAACAAACAAUUAGAAGUACGAGAAUCAAAUAACUUACAUGCAUUCGAUUCAAUCACAAUGCCGAUUAGUGAUACGAGUGAAUUAGUUGAGAAACCAAGCAAAGAGUCUAUGCAAAACGAUAAAAAGGAAUCAGAAGCCGGGCAAGAAAACACGAAAGAAGAAGAAAUAAAGCCAAGUACAAGUAAAACUACUACUACUACUACUACUACUACUGCUAGUAGCGCUACAAACAACUUAACAGGUAAAGAUAGUAAUGCCACAAAACAAAGUACGAACGGGUCGAAUUAUGUAACAGAAGGAAAUAACAACAUUGAAAAUGUAAUGAUUCGUGAUACAAAAUCUGCGGGAAACUUAUUGAAGCAAGAGAAAUCUCCGAUAAUAUCCGUAAGAAAUGAUGUUAAAGCGUCCAAAAAGGAAUCGCCCAUUAAAUAUAAAGGGAAUGUCAGUAAAAUUUCGAUAACUUCACAGAAGAAUAAUCUUAAGGGUGUUAAAAAUGUAGGGAAAAUUUAUAAACCAAAAACUAGGAUAGUCGAUAAAGUGAAUGCUGAGCAUGUCUUAAGAUCUAUCGUGAACGAACAAAGUAAGAAAGUGAAGACGCCUACCAAGAUUUCCGUUAAACAGAAUAACUCACUGAAAGAUAACGCUAAAAUACAUAUCAAUAGUCCAACAGUUUCAAUUAAAUCUGUCCCUACAGACAAAGUAGAAAUGGAUAACGAUAUUAGUGAUGACAUUAAGAAUGAUAAUGUUAACGGUCAUAAAAAAAGUGCUACGGAUCAACCUGCCUAUUUAUUUUUCGUUAGAACCGACGGUAUACGUAACAUGAAAAAAUCUACCGGUAACUUGAUUAGCGAUAAAGAGAAAAAUAAAGAAUCAUCAUAUGACCAGAUAAAAGAAAGUAAAGCUCGAAAGACAUUUUCUAAUAAAUCUCGUAAUUGCCCGCAACUUAUUCCAAACGCGCUAUCUACUACGAUGGAUGCCGCCGUGAGUUACGUGCCUACUACUCAUGAAAUAGAGAAUCGCGUCGAAUACAACAUGCUACCACCGGAAGCAGGACCCAUUAGUGCCCGUUUGUAUUACGAUGCACAAGAUUUAGCCAAAAAAAUGGCUAAACUAAUGGAAGAAGCGUAUAAAGAAGCGGCGCAAGAGAGUCAACAUGGUGAAAGUGAUAACAUGUCUGAAAAUCAUCAAGCAACUGUUCAUUUCCUAAGAUUACAGAUAGAACGUAUGAGAUGGCAACAUCAGCAACAAUUAGCUGAAUUAAAACACAAUACUGAUAGAAUAUUAAAAGAAAUGAAGGCGAGUUUAGAAGCUGAACGAUUACGUGCCAUCGAAGAAACACGUAGAGAAACUGAAGAAGAAAAGCAACGUUGUAUCGAUGAAAUCAAACGUAAGCAAUGGUGCGCAGUGUGUCGUCGAGAAGCAUUAUUUUAUUGUUGUUGGAACACUGCUUAUUGCGAUUAUCCUUGUCAACAAACGCAUUGGCCGAUUCAUAUGAGAACGUGCGCUCAGAAACCUUCGUUUACCACUAUCGUUACCAGUUCCACUCCGAAUUCGAAUCAACAGCAGAACCAAUGUAUUAAAUUAAGCAGUCCUGCUGAUACGGUACAUGAAUUACCUCGUCAUGUUAAUUAAAAAUCAAUAUAUGUAUCAGAGUAUUUUUAUUUUUGAAAAUACAUGUACGUUCUGCAAUAACUUUUUUUUUAUCAAAGAAGAGACUGAGAAAAAAAUUCAGUUAAAUUGUAUAUUAGACGUGCGUGACAGUUCAUCUGAGGAAUUAUUGUGUGUAAGGGAAAAUGGGCUGAAUGACAUUUAUAUUUGCAUUUUGCACAAACGCAAAUAAAUACUUGUUCUUUAUCAAAAAUAAAGUAUAAUGAUGAUAAAUAGAAAAAACACGUGCUUCAUUUGUUUAACUACGAUAAUUGUAUAAGUAAGUAUUACGUUUGUAGAAUGAGAUUAAUAAAUCUAUUUUUCCGAGGAA